GAUGCUUGAAAUGAGAUUAAACAGACGAGGACGAGGAAGCAGCAGCUGCCGUUUAAGCUUCCCACAAUGCACUCCCCGGCCAUCAGCGGGAAACCAAAAUGGCGAACGUGCUCGGGGAAAAUGAGCAGUUUGUUAUUUUCUGAGAAGGACACGGGGUCUACGCGUUUUAGCGGCUCGAGUUUGGUGUGAAUUUCAAAGGCAAACGGAGCGAGAAUACCACAGCAACGCACAUAUAUUUAUUUUGUUACUUUUGGAGCUGUAGAAACGGAGGUGCCCGAAUGAGAGACUCGGGGGUUUUGGGUCACCUGUCCGUCCAUCAGAGAGCUCACCCCCCGCAGCAGCAGGCUAUUCCUUUGUCCCCAACAAGCCAAGCGAGGGUGGAGUAUGGUGAACAGGACAGGUUCACAGAGGGGCAGGACGUCUUGGCCCGUUGGUCAGAUGGUUUGAUAUACCUGGGGACAAUCACAAAGAUAGAUCGGGACAAGCAGCGAUGCUUUGUGGUGUUUGAGGAUCGAUCCAAGUCUUGGGUUCUGUGGAAGGACAUUCAAACGGGGGAUGAAGAUGAGGACGACGAUGAAGACGAUGACAUUGUCUGCUCCAUCUGUCAGGAUGAAACUUCAGAGGAACCCAAUGAGAUUGUGAUUUGUGACAAAUGUGGGCAAGGCUAUCAUCAGCUGUGCCACUCCCCCAUCAUCGAUGCUACCGUCAUUGACUCAGACGACAAGUGGCUCUGCUCUGAAUGUGUGCUCACUGCUUUUCCAAAGCAGGAGGACCCGCAACACAUGGAGCUCUCCUUCCCGUACGCCCUGGAGGAACUGGUGUGGGAUGAAGACCACACAACCAACAUGCAACAGUGCUACUGCUAUUGUGGAGGGCCAGGAAACUGGUACUUGAAGAUGCUGCAGUGUAACAGAUGUGAGCAGUGGUUCCAUGAAGCCUGCCUCCACUGCUUGCAGAUGCCAAUGCUCUAUGGAGACAGGUUUUAUGUUUUUGUUUGUUCUGUUUGCAACGGUGGACCCGAGUAUCUCAGCCGACUGCCUCUCAGAUGGGAGGACGUGACACACUUGAGCCUGUACAACCUGACUAUGAUCCACAAGAAGAAGUACUUUGACUCUGAGAUGGACCUGAUGGCUUACAUCAACAGCAAUUGGGAGCUGCUGCAGCUUGGGGAGCUUUCUAGCACCCCGAGAUCAUUGCGAUAUGGGUUUGUACUGGAGGCGUUGAACAACAACACAAGCAAGUUCAUGUCGGGAAAAGAGGUAAAGAAGAAGAAGCACUUGUUUGGAUUGAGGGUUCGAUUCCCCCCCGCCCCCCCCAGUGCUGAGCAACCAGACAGCAGACUGAUGGAGCGCUCCUCACGAGGGAUGGCCGUCGACUCCAACAAAGCCCCAUCUUUCACUACUUUAACCAACGGCGCACAGAAGAAGUCCAAAAAGAAGUUGAGGAAGCAAUCCACACGGUCUCUUGAGAGGCAGGCCAAGCGCAGACGCUCCUGUGAACUCUUGUCCAGGGAGCUGAGAAAGCCUCCACCACUAGAAUCUCACUCAUUGGAUCGCUUUACUUCUGUCAAGAAUGACAGGUCGUUACUGUCAUCUCGAACCUCAGAUGUGGAGUCUAUCGGAGCCCUGAGCACCACAGAAACUACCUCAACUAGCCUUUCAAGGCAGUCCAGCCUCUGUAGCUCCAGCAAGACCCGGUCGACAAACUCCACCAUACCCAUUUCCCCUCCACCCUUAAAAAGGAAACGUGGGCGGCCACGACGGGUCUUGCGCCCCACCACCAACACAGGGAUGCGCCCUCCCAGCCCAGCAGACCCAAACCCUUCGGCCACAGAGGUGCUGAGUCCGCUUCCAGGGCUGCACUCCACAGACAUAGUUCACGGCAUGGACCCCAACAGUCAGCUGUCCCACCUCAAGAGCUCCAUCAGCUCCUACUUUGGAGUGGCAGGAAGGCUGGCUUGUGGGGAGAAGUACAAAGUCCUGGCUCGACGGGUCACCCUGGAUGGAAAGGUGCAGUACCUGGUGGAGUGGGAGGGUGUCACUGCCUCCUAGAGGUGUCCUACUGUGCACCCAGGAUGUAAUCAGAGCAUUAAUUAUGUACCUUUGUUUAGUUUAGACUGGAGUGUUAUUAAGCUUUCUGCAAAGCCUACUGGUUCAGUGCAGUCCACUGUGAAUAUAGUACAUUUCAACUUAUUUUUCCUCCUUCCUUUUAAAGUUUAUCGAUAAAAACGAGGCUCUGGCAUUAAACUAUUUGUAUCUUUUUGCGCUUUUGCUAUCCUUUUGCUGUUGCUUUGAAUACUGACAAACCCUCAGUUAUGCAUACAUCGAUCAAUGCACUGCACCUGUAGGCUUUCAGUGAUUUCUUUUAAAUACAGUGAUACACUUGUCAAUUGCAAACCAGCUGAGUAUAAAAGUAAGUUUUUUUUUUUGACAGAAUGUAGCGUGUGUUAACAGUGAGGAAGUGAGGGAGGUUUUGUUUUGCCACUGAGGUCAUACCGUGAACCUUUGUGUCCACGUGGGUAUCUAUUGUACAAUAUUUGCAGUUCUAACAUCCCUCUUUGACAUAACGCUCCCUCCUCUCUGCUCUCAGCUGUUAGUACCUCUGACUGUAUUUGGCAGAUGUAUUUUUAAGUUCAGUUUUGGAAAGUGUGCUCAUUUGUGUACUGUCAUGAAGGCACUUAAGAGCUGCUGCUGCAAAAUUGUAUUAUUUUAUAUAAAAAUUAUAUACAUUUAUUUUUACAAUUUCCCCCAUAUGUGUCUUGCUUUUUCUUUUUAAAUCUCCCGGUAACAGUAUAAGCUUAAAUGUUAAAAUUAGAGCAGCAUUUAUCAUUGAGUAAAAAUUAUUUUGUGCUGGUCCUAAAAUCAAAUGUGGAAAAUAUACAUUUUUUUCUGUUUGACCUUUUUGCCGAACUUACAUGCAACUAUAAAAUGAUGUGAUUUCAAUCUUCAGGACCUAUUGAUUUUUUUAUGUUUUAUAGUUCAGAAAAAAAAAAUAAAAGUGUUUCAUUUUGUGAUUGUCCUACACUCAAUUUCCAUUCUGCAGUUAACAGCAGGUUUGCUUGUUUGAGUUGAUCCUGUGUGUUUUUGUAGUUCGGAGUUCUUAUUUGGACCCUGCAGUUGAAAUGUUUGAGUUAUUGUGAUGAUUCAGACUCAGUUGUUCAGUUUGAGCAGCCUCUUUUAGGACACACGUUCUUUUCAUUUCAAAUGUGUUGAUGCCUGGCUCAUAUGAGCCGCUGCAGCCAAAGAACAUUGGUUAACCUGUUUGAAGACAACAAAUGACCAUUAUCCCAUUACAUACCUAAUGUGUCAUGAUACACAUCGAAGUGUAACUUCUGAAAAAAAUAAUAAAAGCGCCAUUUGUCAUACAA